AUGCAACCUACAUUGACUCUUAGAAAUGAACCUGAUGUUUUUGUAAAUUUAGCACGUAAAAUCUACGAUGAAUCGAUUACAAAUCAUGAACGAAUUGCAGAAGCGAUUACAUCUGAAAUACGGAAAAUAAGAUUACAUGCAAUUUCAACUGUAUAUAUUUGUUCAUCCAGAAAUAAGACUGUAUUGAGCAAUAAACGUUUAAAGCAAAUUCAACAUCAUCAAAAUGAUGAUGAUAUUGACUUUAAAAAAAUUAUAGUAAAAAUAUUAGGAACUUUAGCAGAUCGUGAUAAAGAUUCAAUAUCAUAUAUUUAUCAACAGAGUACAGACGAGAUAAGAUGUCAAGAAUUAUUUAAGGAAAAUAUUAUCUGCAAACUAAUUGAUUUAUUAGAGAACAUUUAUUUAAGUGAACAGACAAAAAUACAUAUUUGUACGAUAAUUAAUAAUUAUCUUGAACAUAGUUCUAGUAAAGCUUUGAAUGAGAGUCAAUUACAAAUAUUUGCUCAUGUAUUAAAUAAUUUGCUUUAUAAUUUUGAAUUAAAACUCGAAGCAUUGCGAUCAAUAAUAUUGACUGCCGUUAAAAAUCGACAUUUACCAGAUUUUAUUAUUCAAACUCUAAUUAAAAAUAUUGACAAAGAUGAUAAUAAACUUAAUAGUCUUGCAAUUAUAGCAUUAGAUAUUGUUUCUCAGAGACAGAUCAUACCUAAUGUAGAUAAGCUGUCAACUAAAUUAUUAGUUGAUUGGAUAAUAGUGAACGAAGGAGCUGGUAUUACAUGCGAAAAAAUGUCAAGCGAUAAUGUAGAUUGUCAAUCAAUUUCAUCUUUAGCAGCUGAAAUCUUUGUAAAUACUUUAAAGAACAAUGUAAUGAUUAAUAAUCGAACUCUUGAGCAUCUUACAAAAGCACUAAAUAGUAAUCAUAAGCAGACAUGUAUUUUAUCAGCAAAAGCACUAUAUUUAGCUUCAGAAACUCAUGAACUUGGAAAUGACGUUUUAAUUGAACUGAAAGAACACAUAGAGAAUAAAAUAAAUGAUGUUAUCGUCUAUUCAACUGUUGCAUAUACUAGAGGUCUAGUGAAAUUAUCAUCCAACGAAGGGUCUAUUAUGAAAAGUCAUAUGGAAUGUUUACCAAAAAUUUAUGUAUUUGAUGAUUUACAGUUAGAUGAAGAAACCUUUGCUGAUACAGUAAAUAACAAUAUCUUAUCUGUUUUGCUUAAUGUAUCUAAACAUAAUCUAUUCGAUGAUCAUAUGUUUGUAAUAUUUAAUCAUAUUUUAUCGUUUGAAAGUUGUAAUCAAGUUGUAGCAAUUAAAAUACUUUAUAACUAUUCAGCAAAUAAAUAUUCGAUUCCACAAGAUACAAUUUUAGCAUUAGAAAAUGCGAUUGAUAUACCUGAAAUUUCUCAUGAAGCUACAAAAGUAUUGAGUAAUGUAAUUAAAAAUCGACAACUUAUUAAUGAAAAAUUUUUGCGUCAUCUCACUGAUAAUCUUUAUUUAUCGAACGAUGAUCAAUUAAGAAAAGAAUCAUUUGAACUGUUAGAUAUAGCCAAUGAUAAUCAAGACAUAUCUGAUGAAUUUUUUUAUAUAUUAGAAUUAGAAAGGGCUAUUAGUAUUAUUAAUUCUUUUUCAUUAGACAGGAAUGAUGCUAUGUCUUAUCUAUACGAAAUGACAGAACAAAAUCAAAAAAUAACACUUAACGGAUUUAAAAUAUUAGAUAAAAUAAUGAGUAGUCAAUUUGUAUUUGAUGAAAAAAUUUUCGGAAUUUUGUUGAAUACUUGUAAAAAUGAACAAUCGAUACCUGAUAAUUUAAUUAAUAAAUUAGUAGAAAGAUUCAAUCCUCGACAAAUUAAUUGUCAGUUAAUUGAUAUAUUUCAAAAUUUAGUUAAAAAUAAUCAAAAUAUUCCAACUAAACUUUUAUUUAAAUUAGAGAAAGCAUUAGAAAAUACAUUGAUUUCAGAUCAAGUAUUAUCGAUUUUUGUACUUCUUGCACUAAAAGGUCAAUAUUUAUCAGAAAAUAUACUCACAAAAAUUUUAGAUAAAAUUUUAGUUUUAGAAAAUUCAUUGAUUAUUGAACAGUAUUUAUCUGUUAUUUUUUCAUUGAUUCAAAACAAAGAUUAUUUUAAAAAAAAUUUUUUAAGUUCUCUUUUUACAUUUUUUACACGAUUUUCAACUAACGAUAUUAGCUUAGUUUUACGUAUUCAAUCAGUUUUGAUCCAUAUAUUAAAAGGAAAUAAUCAAAAUGUGAUUCGUGCAAGUCUUAAUGGAUUGAAAAUACUUGUGACAUUUCACAAAGUUAAACUUAAUCAGAAAAGUACAGAUAUAUUAUUAGAUCUAGCAGGAAAUACUAUUUGUGAUGAAACUAUGAAAAAUGAUAUUAAUGUACUAUUAAAUAUAUCGAAAUUAGAUAAUAGUCAACAAUGCAAAAUGAAAUUGUUAAGAUUAAAGUAUAAAUCGAAUGAUGAAUUACUUGAAGCGUUAGCAAAAUUUUCUAAACCGAAAUUAUUUCAACAAAACUUUGAUCAAUUGAACAAUAUUAUUAAUAAUUCCUCAGAACUAAAUGAAAAAGUAUUGAAAAUUUUACUUGAAUGUUCUAAUAAAGACAAAAUAACGGAUACAUUAUUAUAUGGUAUUAUUUUUUUAAUGAAUAGUACGAACUCGAAAGAAAUGAGAUCAUUAUGCAGAGAUUUAAUAAUUGAAACAAUUAGAGCAGGAAAAAUAGUUUCAAAUAAAAUCAUAUCUUGUAUUGUUACUCAAAAUGAUGUAUUAAAAUUGAUUGCUAAAAAACAACCGAUUCCAGAAAAAUUUCAACAUCAUUUAAAUUUAUUUUCACGUAUUGUUAUUACAGAUAAUAUUGACCUAAAAGAUUUUAGUGAAUUUCUAGAAAAUAUUCGACAUGAGUUUAAUCAAGAUUAUAAAUUAUCUGAUCUAUCGAUGUCAAAAUUGCUUUCCAUUCAAAUUACUAAUAAUGACUAUGAUAUUUGCAUGAAGUUAGAACAAGAAUUGUUUCAUAUAUUUGUAUUGAUCUUAAAACAUAAUCCGACAUAUUCUUCACAACUAUCGAUUGUUAAUAGAUUAGAAAAAGCAAUUUUAUUUGAAAAUAUAAACAAAAAUAUUCUCAUGACCUAUCAAGAAGUUAUUAAAAUGAAACAGUGUCAAACAAAUAAUUUAUCGAAAAUCUUAGAUAGUUUAGUAGAUUUAUUAGAUAGUAAUAAAUUUCUAAAUGUUGAAGUUGAGUUACUGACAUGUAUUGCUCUGAUAUCUGAAGUUAUGGAUAUAUCAAAGAACGAGACUUUAGAAAAAUAUUUUUCAAACGAUAAUGACAGAAUAAGAAGUUGGUCCUUUAGAGGUCUAAGAGCAGCAUAUGACAGGAAUGAUAAGUCUAAGAUAUUUGAAGAAUGGUGCAAUAACAUCAUGAACAAUCUGGAAUUUCAUACAAGGGUUAAGGUAGUCAUGGAUUUAGAUUUAUUUGAAACGAUUAGUACAAUAAAAUAUAUAGAUUUUAACAAAAUUUAUAAUAAACCACAAAAUCAAUGGAAUAGAGAAUUGUUAAUUUUUGAUUUGUUAGAAAGAUUUACAUUAAAUCAAAUAGAACAAUUUGAUUUUUAUAAAACUUGGCUUGAAAUUGAAGAAUAUACUGGAUUUCAGCAAGAUCAAAGUGAUAUAUUACUUAAAUUAUUACAUCGAAUUCAGUUAAAUAAUAUGAUUUCAUUUAAUCAAUGUAAUGAACUUAUAAGAAUUUUAAAGAACAUUGAUUUUGAAAGUAUUUAUAAUAUCCUAUCGAAUAGUUCAAAUCCAUACGAGGAUAUUCUCAAAAAAUUUUUCAAAGAUCUAAUUUUUGAACGUUUAUCAAAUAAAGAAAUAAAUAAAAAAUAUAUCGAUAAUUUAGUACGUAAAAUGAUUAUAAAAUUUAGUUUUGAUAUAAGUAAAAAACUUCUGAAUACAAUAUAUGGUGAAGUAGCACAAUUUCAAUUUGAUACUCUAAGAACAGAAUAUAGUCAACUUAAUACAUUGGGAAAUAGAAAAUUUGAAGUUGCUAUAGUAGAUGAAGUAGAUAGUAUGCUUAUUGAUGAUAGUUCAAAAAUUGCAAGACUUGCAACUAUCAUUCCAGGAAUAGAUCAAUUACAACUAAUAUACCACACAAUAUGGUAUCGACUUAUUUAUUUGCAAGAUAGAAUGCUUGAAAUUAAUAACAAAAUUUAUUUAUUUCAUGGAAAAAUUAGUUUUGAACAAGAGAAAAUCAUUCUAGAAUAUAUUGAUGAACAACAAGGAAAUAUUAUUAAAAUUCCUGAUUUAAAAAUCUACAUAGAAUCUAUUUCGAAUAUUAGUCAUAUUGGAAUAUUAAUUUCAGAAAAUGUUGAAGUUGAAACAUUUAUUAAAAAAGAUAUAGAAAAUUACAUUAGAGAUUUACUUAAUAGAUUAACUAUUAUACCAAAAAGUUUUGAAGAAUUUGUUGAUACACAAAUGUGUAAAUGGAUAGAUAAUGCUAUGAUUGCAUUAAAUUAUCAGGAAAAUGUACACUAUGUCGUACAUCAAGGUUUAAUUAAACCAGUAGACUACGCUAGUACAGGUAUUGUUCAGAGUUUUUCACAUUGGGGUGAUGGUCUCCAUCAAUUUUUGCAACUAAAACAUAAUCUAAGAAUGACGUCUGAAACUUUUACUACGAAUUUUCUAUCGAAUAAAGGAUUUUUCAUAAAAUAUGGUUCGAAUUUAUUUGGUCUUACGGGAACACUUGGUUCCGAAAAAGCUAAGCAAGUCUUAGCCGAUAUAUAUAAUGUAAAUCUUGGUAUUAUUCCCAGUAUGCGUCAAAAACAGUAUCUUUCAUUACCUGAUCUUGUAUUAACUAAUGAAGUUGAUUGGCUUAAUGAAAUAUGUCGUUCGGCAAUUAAUGAAUCGAGAAAAGAACGAGGAAUACUUGUUAUAUGUGAGACAAUCGAAUAUAGUACACAAAUAGUAGAAAAACUCCAACGAGAAUACAGUUCAGGUACGAUAAAAUUAUAUACAAUGAAUACUAUGAAUCAAGAGAAACAUAUCGAAAAAAUAUAUCCGAGAGAAAUUAUUGUAUCUACGAAUUUAGCAGCUCGAGGUAAUGAUAUAAAAACGGAUAACAUUAAAAAAUAUGGUGGUCUUCAUGUUAUUAUUACAUUUAUGCCACCGAAUAAACGUGUUGAAGAACAAGCAUUUGGUAGAACUGCACGACAAGGUAAACGUGGUACAGGUCAAAGAAUAAUAAAUGCUUCUAGUUUAGCUCAUUAUGAAAAUUUCAACAUACAAAAAAUCACCGAACUACGAGACAGCAUUGAGACAAACAUUUUAGAUGAUUUUCAAAAGCGUGAACUUAAAAUAAUUACUUUAAAAGAUGAACUUUUUACCAAGUUUUGUUUGUUGUUAAAUGAAAUAAGACAAAAAAUUAGAGAUAAAAGUAGUUUAUAUGUAAAAGUAAAAAGUCAAGCGAAGAAAAUAUUGACAAAAAUUUCACCGUCCAUUCUUGAGUCUAAUAUACUUCUCAGCAUUGAAGAACAAUGGGCUAUAUUUUUACGUGAAAUAGAUAAUCAAAUAUCUCCAAUUGAUAAUGAAAUAUUUUAUGUACGAUUUGAAAAAUUUAGUAAAAACAUCCGAAAAAAUUACGAAAAUGAUUGUAUUAUUAAAAAUCCUUAUUGUCACAUUGCCAUUGCUAAUGACUUAGUCAUUAAUGAGUCUUCCCUACGCAGAAAUUAUGAUGAUGCGAUGAAACAUUUUGAUCUAGCUAUAGAACUUGAUCCAAAACAUACUGCAGCUGCAUUUGCUGGAAAAGGUUGGUUAACAUUGAAAGGUAAAGAAAAUUUUUUUGGUUCCAAUAAACAAUCUAUAGGUUAUAAAGAGGCAGCUAUUCGAUUGUUUAACAAAGCACUUGAAAUUCUUAGUGAAGAAAUAUCAACAUUGACAGUUAUUCAAUCAUUUCUAAAACAUCGUUGUCAGAAUAUGAAUACGGAUCUUAGUAAACAAUUAAUGCAAAAGAAUAAUAUUCUUAGUUCUUAUUGUAAUAGUUUAGAAAAUGCUGUAAAUAUUAUUAAGAAAUCGCAAAGAUUAAUUCAAAUAACUGAAUUAAUAGAUUACUCAAAGUUAAGAGAAAAUGAAAUUAAUAGUAAAUUUUUUACGAAAAAGGACUCAGUAAAUUUCCAAAGCGAAAUCUCUCAAAAGAUAAUUUCAUAUGAUGCAAUUGAAAAAGGAUGUGGAAAAUGGUGCGAUGUGCGUUUAAUAUCUCAUAAUAAUCUAAAUCAUUAUAAGACAUCAAUUCAAAAUGGUAAAGAAAUUAUAGUUAUGAAAGGAAUAAAUAAUGCACUUACAAUUGUUUAUAAAGACAAAAUUCAAUAUCAAUUAAGGGAAUGGAUAGUGGAAGAUUCUACAUUGGCUAAUGUACUUGCAGCUUUAUCGUAUGAUGAAACAAUUCUUGAUCGAGAUAUUCAUAUGAAAAUUUAUACUUUAAUUUAUGAGAAACUUACAUCAAAAAAUGGUCAUAUUCGAGAAGAAUUUCUAGUAUUUCUUCAAGAGUCAACAGAUCAUAAUCAAUAUGAAGUAACAUUUAAUGAUUUAACUGUUAGACAAGAUAGUAAAAUCAAAGAUCAAGCAAUAGAAAUUAUCGAUAAGAUAUUACCUCAAGAUGAAGGUAGUUUGUUUGAUAUCAAUGGUGAAUUUUCAUUUUUCAAUAAAGUUCCAAAUUUUUUAAAGAAAAGUGGAAUUUUGGAACAUGAUUAUGAACAUAUAAAUAUAACUAUGCAACAGGUUAAGACAGAGAAAUUAAGAGAAUAUCUAAAUCCUAAUAUUGAAGUUAAAGACUUGACGAAAGAAGAAGCUCUAACACAAUUGAAAGAGAAGAAUUUUUUUUUCAAUCGGUAUUUAUUACCACAAGCUUGCUUUGUCGAUUUAUACCGAAUUAAUUUAGAAAUUAUUUCCGAGAAUAACAAUAAACUCGAGAACAUGGCUGAUCUAAAGGCCACUGUCGCAAUUAAACGGAUCGAAGAACGAAUAGAUCAAAAUGAACGUUUCAAUUUGAGUUUUAUAUCCGCUAAUAAAACAGCAAAAAUCUUAGAAAAAGUACUAUAUCGUUCAAAUAUAACAGUCGAAUUCAUUGAUUUAGGAGUAGAGAGUGUUAGAGAAAAGUUAAGAACGAUAGUAUCUAGAUCUCUUACUCUUGAACUCACCAACACAAAAGAAACAUUAUUAGAAGUUAUUCGUUCCUUAACAACGGAGCAGAUACAGUUGUAUAAUCGUGUAAAAGAACAAAGUAUUAUUGAAGUAGUAAAUAGGAUUACAGCUGAGAAAAAAAUUUUAGAAAUUUCAAAUACAUUUGCGACUAUAAAACUAAUUGAUAUAAAUAAAAGUAUUGUAGAAAAUGUACUUAAUAUUUGUUCUAAUGCGAAUUUUAAUAUAACUUUUAUUAAUAUAAAAAAUAGUUGUCUUUUGAUUGGAUUAAAAGAUGAACUUAUAAAUGUAAAAAUCGAUAUGUUAAGAAAAAACGCGGCAAAAACUAUUAUUAAACGGAUAAGAAAACAUAAAUUAGAAUUUAGUUUAGUAUUUUCACAACUGACUUGUAAUCAAGUGAAACAAAUAAUAGAAUUAGCUCCAAUAGAACAAGAGAACAUAGAAGUUCAGAAAUUUAAAACUUUGAGUGAAUUAUUCAUGAGUCAACUACGACCUAAUGUAGAAUUAGCUGAAUUUUCUGGACGAGGUAUCGAAUAUUUGAUUGAAAUUAAUGAAAAAAAAUUGAUUUCAUGGACAAGUAUAGCUAUCAUAUGUGCUCUAGCUAGUGUUCAAAUGGCAGUAGGUGGACUAUUAAUAGCUAGUGGAUUUGGAGCUACUUUAGGAAUGAGUCUUGUCACUGAAGGAGGAGCAGAUUUGUUUAUUGCUUACAGAGUAUAUAGUACGAGACAAUUUUCUUGGUCCGAUUUUGCCAAACAAAAAGCAGUAAGUCUAAUUAUUUCAAUAGCUUCAAUAGGACUCUCACCACUCAAAGAUGCAGCUAAGGGAGCUCAAAACUUAGUCGUGGGUGUAGGAGAAGAAGUACUUGAACAAGCUGGCACGAGAGUAAUAACAAAUGGUAGGUCCGUAUACCAAACAUUGAAUGUAGCCAGGAAAAAUUUGAAUAGUCUAGCUGUUAAGCAUAUCGCAGUAACAAUUCAGAAAAAUAUUAUAAGAGAAUGUUUAAGUAAAUCAAUGGAUGGUAGUUCGCAUUUUUUAUUGAAUCAAUGGAAGCCGAAAGUUUCGGAAUCCAUACAAAGGGAAGUUUAUACGAAAUUUUGUGGAUCUAUUUUAAAAACGAUAGUGAAUAAAAUGUAUACACUUGAUUUAUUUACUAAAAAAACAUAUUUUAAAGAAAAACUUCAUAAAAUACUAUUUGAAAUAAUUAAUCCUGAAGAUAACGUAUGGAGUAAUGAAUUUGACGUCUUGGCUGAUGUAUUAUGCAAACGUAUUUUAUCUAGUAUGUCGAUAACACGUAGUUUCGCAAAUAUUGGUAACAUAAUACUUUGUAAUCUGAGACAAUUUCGUGAAAUUAUUUUUAUUGUCGAUAGGGUUUAUAAUCAACUUUUAAAAAAACUUUCGAAUAUCGAUCAAGAAACUUUAACCAUGCGCCAUAUUUUACAACGUUAUUGUGAAGUGAGUAGAAAUGAUGUCACAAAUAUCAUAAAUAUUCUACAAGAGCAAAAUAUAUUCAAUCAAAAUGAAGAGUUUAACGAAGAAAAUUUUUCCGAAGAAAUUAUUCGUACUCAUUUGAAUCAAUUCAAUGAAUCGAAAGAGAAAAUUGUAAAUGUUUUGAAAUUCUUGUAUUCGAAUACUUCAAAUGUAGAUAAUUUAAAUGAAAUAAUGAAAUUAGUAUCAGAUAUAAUUACUGAACAAAUAUUCAGAAUUACAGAAUCACAACUUAUCUUGCCUUUGAGUAGUUGUGCUACAGGAAACUUAACAAAUAUUUUUUCAGAAACAGUCGAACGGUAUUUAGUUGUAGACGAAAAACAAAAUUCACCUAGUCAAAAUCGAGAAGAAAACAGUAGAACAUAUAAUACAAUAAGAGAACAAAUUGGACAAAAUGCUAAAGAUUAUACUAUCGCAUAUAGCCAAUGUGAAAUGAUUCAUUAUACUAAGCAAAGAGAUGAAAUAAAUAGUCAAAAAUUCGAUGAGAAAAUAAGUGAUUAUAUUACAGGUGUCAAAAUGAAUCUACCAGCAAAUAUAUCGGACAUACUUACAUUAGCCGAAAAGCAUGGCUUAGAACUAAAAUUAGUUGAUGAUCCUAGUUAUGAACCAACACACGAAGAUAAAACUAAAUGUACAAGCAUAGUACUAUACAAUAAAAGAGACCGAGAUAAUCAGGAAAAUGUUAAAGUAGGAUAUUUUGAAUUAAUGUCAAACGAUACGAACGAAUAUAAUAUUUCCAAUACAAAUAAUGAUUCUGCUUAUACGGUUAUUCAACAAAUAUUAAAAAGAAAAGGAAUAUGCAUAACUAUUGAAGCACUUCGUCACGAUAGAGCUAAAAUAAUAGAGGAUAAUCCUCAUCAGUUUUCCAUAGCAUUAAGAGCACAAGAAUGGAUUGAAAAUCAUUAUCCUCAAGAGAUGAAUGAUUUAUUAAUCAUAAGAUCAGACAAAAGUUCGAGGUUGUCGAACAAUGAAAAUCUCAUAGUUGUUUGCUCAUUAAGAUCCAAUUCACUUGACUUAAGCUGA